AUGUUACUUCAUACGGAGAACUCAACGUCGGUCGACUUCCGUUACGUUGACCAAAGCCAGCUUCGUGAACGCUUCCCAUGGGGUACAUCAGUAAAGACGUUUUUCCAGAUCGACCUCAGUGAAACCUAUAGGUUCAAAAUUACGGCUAUAGCUACUCAGGGAGGAGCGAACUUGAACAACUGGGUGAAGCGAUAUGGACUUCGCUUUUCCGUUGGUGCAAAGCCAGUUCAUUAUAGAGAAUAUGGGAUACAAAAGGUUAGAUAUAAUGAUAUCAUACAUGUAGACUUUCCAAACUUUAAUGCGCAUGAGAAGCCCCUGCUGAAAUUAUUUGCCUGUGAGACAGACUUUUUAUCCUUAACUUACUAUAGGAGGUUUGGCCAGCAAUACAGGGCGGGACAAUACAAGGCAAUGUUCAUUUGAUAUCUUUUACCAAACUAAUAGGAACAUCAAAUUCGUGCAAAUUUAGGCCAUUUUCAUUUUGACUACAACUACCAGAAUUCAUUUCGUUUUGGCUUUCUUAUUUAAGUUUGUCAAUCCCGCCGAGAAUUAAAGAACAAUAGUGUUAAUUUGCCGAAGAAAACAAAAAAUGAAGGAUUCUGGUAAUUGUAGUAAAAUGACGUCGUCGUGCAAUUGUCCUGUUAGAUAUCAAUUUACAGGGGGGUGAUAUAUAUCUCCUAUCCCCAUUCCAGGAAAAAAGAAAGGGAAAAGAAAAACAUUGCACCCAUUAGCCCAGAAUAUAUAUUGUUUUACGUGUAACGUUUUAUUUUUUAAACCUUUAAUUGUUAUUGAAAUGAAACAAGGCAGAUUAGGACCUGCGUAAGUGAAGUACACUUGUUAAGAGCAAAAGAGAAAAUCAGUAGCUGUACAAUCAAUUUAACGUUAUUAUAUAACUUUAGAUUCUUUCCGCAGUAAAGAAUUGUUUUGUUGUUGUUGUGGUGGUGGUUGUUUCUGAGAGGGUUGUUUGUUUCGACCGUGUAGUAACCUGUUCUUUUUAGGUACCUUUUCUCGUUGUUCUUUGUUUCUUUCCUUUUUUUAAGAUCAUAAAGGGGAAAGAAGACGCUCGCUCUGUAGUAAGAUACCAGUUCAAAGAACCGUUUGUUACCAAAACUUUACAAAUUUUCCCGGAUUUUGACAUCUCGCAGCCGGUUUACUUGAGAACAGAAGUAUAUGGAUGUCGUCCUACUCUUGGUAAUGGCAUUAUCUCAUUGUACUGACAGAGGGAUGAUUUGAUAAACAAUUAGUGGAUGAGGUCCGUCUGAUAUCCGGAAUAAUCAAGGAAUUAAGGUGGAGGUGGUGCUUGUGGCCGAGGCUGAUAUAACUUAAGUGGAUCUUGAUUAUUCCGGAUAUUACAAAAACCGAAUCUAAAUUGUUUUGUUAUACAUUGUUUCGAAAAGUUCACGACAAGUGACUCUUCCCACGAAACAAAGUUUGACAAUGCUCUUGGAGAAACUGAUUCCAUCAUUGCGCGCGCGUCCGACGGAUUAGUCGGUAUUUUGCUAGCAGCUGAAAAUUGACUAAUCUGUAGGUUGCUCUGAUUUCCAAACUUUAUUGUAGUCGUAGUGAGAGCCGUGCUAAAGUAAAUGAUGCAAGUUAAAUUGACAACAGAAUAUAUAUGGAAGGGGCAUGUAUUUAGUCUUGAUCAUAGUAUAGAUGUUCCCCAUGACCACUCACUGUCCCGGCAUUUUUAACAUAGAAUAUUUGGAUUUAUGUCACUAUCACAGCAAAUCCGUAACUUCCCAGCUACAACAAAAGUAUAACUAAACCAGACAGCGAAGGUCACGAGGAUCUCGUGACCUUUGUAUUGAGAUUAUAAUUUUAGUGUCAUGUUGUCGUUCUUUUCAAAGUAAAUUAUAUUUUGGACUUUAUUAAUCAAUAGACCAUUAUUUUACAGUUGUAGACUUAGUACCCGAGCCUUUGAGUGAAUGUGUGAGGCUGAGGAUGACCUUGUUUUGAUACAAACCUUUGCUUUGUUAUGAAAGUUGCUCUUGAAAAAUAGUACUUAGCAUAAGAGAAACGUGAUUUGCGUAAUAAAGCAGGAAGGUUUGUACAAAACAUGGUCAACUUCAGCCUCGCCUCCAUCCAUUACUGUAUAAUGGCCUGUUGUGACACUACGUACGUUAUGAUGUGUGUAUAACUUAUUCAGUCGUUUUAAAAGUAAACUACAGUGUAAAUUAGGCCUUUCAUUGAAUCUUGUGCGAGGAAUUUGUAAGUCACGUAAACCUAUAGUUUAAAGUAGCCGUUCAUUCAACUUUAUAGCUUUGAUGUUUCCCACAUUCAGAAAGUAAUUUGCGUCUGUUCUGGUUUUCUUUAGAUUGUAUCCUGGUUGGUUCAAAGUUUUGGGGACUGUGGUCGCAAAGAGAUCGCUCAAAUAAUUACUACAGGGCUUUUAUCUCAGGGAUAAAUGACACUCACAUUGAUUUCAUCUUGGAAUACAACAAUUAUUUCAAACAAGUAUACAAUCGGACUGAUCCAGUGCUUAUAAUAGAUAAAGAGCCAGAAAAGAGGGAAAUAUCAGUCAAUACAUCAGUUAUAGCUGUUCACAAACCUGAAAAGCCAGAGUGGUACCGAACUGGUAUCGUGAAGAAUACAGCUACUUCAGAAAUGGGUGAAUUCCUCGUGUCAGUUAGGUUUGAUAAUGGUGAUUUAAGACUGGUUCCUCUACCACAGCUUCGCUUAGUUAAAAGACCACGAUUUUGUCAAGUAAAGCAUGUAAUACAAGGUUUGUAA